UUAUAACUGUAAUCCAUGCGUGUCCCUUAACGUUCAUUAGCCAGUCAAGCACAGUCAAAAAGUAGCUACACACUCCAAAACCUACCGCACAAAUCAAUCAUGCCCACCUCACUGCCACCAUCUAUCCUCCGCCUCACCGCUACCGCCUCCGCCAUUCUCUUCGUCCUCCUCUACGCUUCCACCACGGUCUCCGCCACCGACCACAUUGUCGGCGCAAACAGAGGCUGGAACCUCGGUAUCAAUUACACUCUAUGGGCCAAUAACCACACCUUCUAUGUUGGUGACCUCAUAUCAUUUAGGUACCAGAAGACACAGUACAACGUAUAUGAAGUGAACCAAACAGGGUAUGAUAAUUGUACAACAGAAGGUGCAGUGGGGAAUUGGUCGAGUGGAAAGGACUUCAUUCCUCUCAAUAAGGCUAAGAGGUACUACUUUAUUUGUGGGACUGGUGGCUGCUUUAGUGGGAUGAAGGUUUCUGUUCUUGUUCAUCCUCUGCCCUCUCCGCCGCACUCAUCUUUGGCCGCCGAGCAUUCUUCCGAUACGUCGGCCUCCUCCGCCGUGUACGGUGGUGGAGUGGAGGUUAUAGGGGCUGUUUUGAGGAUGUUUGUGGUGGCAAUUUGGUGUGGAUCUGGGUGGAUCUAGUAGUGGUUUAGCUAGUGGGUUUGGGGAAAGUAUCACAGAGUGCCGGUUUGUUUGUUAACUGUAAGGAUCUUUUCCUUUUUUUUUUUUAUGGCUUGUUCAUUUGGAUUCUCCCACGGAUUUAACAAUGAAAGAUCCCAGGAGUGAAGCACGACAUUUUCAAUCGACUUCGAAUUCAUUUUGUUUGCA